AUGACAGGCCCCGCCACCACACCCAAGGACUGGAUCGACCGCGGCCACUGUCUCUGCCGCGCCGUGACCUUCACCGUGACAGGCCCCCCAAUCUACACCGUAAUAUGCCACUGCGAGAACUGCAAACGACAAGGCGGCAGCACGUUACACUGCGCCAGCAUCUACCCACGCCAGCAAUAUGCCCUUGCCGCGGGCUCGGAGCGGUACAUCACCACGUACACGGACGGCGCUACGCAGAGCGGCCAGCCACUAUACCGCGCAUUUUGCAGCGUUUGCGGGAGUAAAGUAUUUGCGAAGACGCCCUUGAACGAGCAGAUCAUUUCGAUCCCGGCGGGGGUAUUAUCGGGACGGGCUGGCCGGGAUUGGACCCCGAGUAAGGAGCAGUUCUGCGCGGAGAGGUGCGGGUGGGUGCCUGAGUUGGGGACACUCGUAGCGGAUAAGGACAGGUUCGCCAAGGGGCCAACAGGGGAUGCGGUCCGGCAGGUGUUGGCGAAGCUGUGA